UAUGCGUAUCACUUACAUCCAAGAAUACGAUAAGGAUGCUAACUUAUUCUUUGCUGGCUUUGAAUUGACAGUAACAUUAAAACAACUUGAAGAAUUCUUUUUAAAAUGGGGUCAAGUUGUCAGUGUGAAAUUAUCUACUGAUGAGAAUAAGAAAAGUAGAGGUAUAAUAAUGAUAUUUAUGUUUAGGUUAUGGAUGGGUUUAAUAUGAGAAGAAGGAAUAAGCUAAUGCAUUGUUGGCUGAUAGUACAGAUGGUACAAUAGUAUACAAUGAGAAAACAAAGAUCAUUGUCAAAAGAUUUGUUAGAAAAGGCACAACAGACAGAGAAGAUAAAAGAAAUAAUCUUUACAUUAAGAACUUCUGGCCAUCCCUUGAUAAUUAUGAUUUGGAUAAUGCAGAAGUUCGUGAAUCAUUAGUAAAUUUAAGGUUCAUCAUUCUAGGAAAAAGAAAUGAGAGCUAAAUUAGAUGAAUGGUUUAGUGGUUAUGGAUAAAUCGUUUCAAUUUUAGUCAAAAUAGAUGUUGAAAGAAAAGCACCAUUUGCAUUUGUUAGUUUCAAUAGACAUCAAGAUGCUAAGGAAGCUUAAAGAACACUUGGUACUACUUAAAAGAAGGAUCCCUUGAGUACUGGUAGAAUGAUGUAUGUUGGAUGGGCAUAGACUAAGACAGAUAGAAAAUAAUAAAGAGACAAUAAUAUAUUUGCUAAAUAUAUCUAUGCUGAUCAUCUCUCAAGAAAUGUCACUGAAGAAAUGAUCAGAACUACUCUUAAAGAAUGUGGAUAUGGUGAUAUUCAAAUGGUAAUCAUAUAAUUCUAUCAUAUUAGAUUAGAUUAGAAAAAAUGUAAUAAGGUUUUUAAUAAAUUAUCAGAAUUGGAUAUAUUUUCUUUGAAUAAGCUUCAGAAGCUAAUAAAUUGGUUAAGAGUUUCAAGGAAAACGAAAAGUUUGAAGAAAUUAAAAAACUUUUUGAUCCAAAUGUUGAAACAGCUGGUGGUAAAUACUUUUAACAUCUUUUCCCUUAAUAAUCAUAAUAAAGAGGAUAAAGAAGAAAUAAUUUAAGAUAAUCACCCAAUAGAAGAAUGUAUUCUAUUCCAUAAGGUCCUACUCCAUUUGGUUAAAGAAUGCCUUUCCCUCCUUAUCAAAUGUAAUAGAGAAUGUAAGGUGGACCUGGAGGAAUGAGAAGACCUUUCCCAUAAUAAAUACCAGGAUUCCCUUAACCUGUUAGACCUAAUAUUCCUCCUCCUGUUCAAUAGCCUGAUUUCAAAUAAUAAGCACUUCCUUAAGAUAUCCCAUUCAAUAAGAGAUAAGAUUUAGUAGAUUUGUUGAAUAAUUUAGAAGCUUUCAAAGCUAAACCUUAAGAUGAAUAACUUAGAUAAAUUUAGUAUAAUAUUAUGACUAUAAUUUUAGACAAAUGCUUUAUUAUAGAAUUAAGACUAGACUUAAUACUGAUACAGAAGCACAUUGGAAGAGAAUAAGUGAAAUUUUGUCAGAUCCAACAAAUUACUCAAUUGAUGAAAUCAUUGAAAUGUUUAAAGAAGAAGAAUAAUUUAAUUCAUUUGUAGAUGAAGCCAUUGAUUAAUUAAAAGAAGCAUCAUGUUGGUGAUC